UUGGCCGCUCAAAGUGAGGUUAGUUUUUGUAGAACAACAACAAUACACUCGUAGCCUGAUUAUCAACUCUUUUAAUAAAUUAAAUAAAUAAAAAAUGGAAAAUUUAUUUGGACAUGACGAUUCUGGGAAUGAUAGUGAUACCUUGGAGGAUAAGACAAAAUCAAAUUCAGAUAAAAAGAAUAAAUCUAAUGAUUCCAUAGAGAUUCAUGAACACGAAAUAAAGCCAGAUAUAGAAUCUUUAGAGUUAACGCAUAAAUCCGAAACAAUAUCAAAAGACAAUCAUUUAUUUGACAGUAAUAAAAAUAAUAACCUCAAUGAUAUCAACAGUAUUCCUAGUAGCAGUAAAAAACCACGGUUGGAUACAAAUUCUCAUGGUAAAAAUGAUGAUUUAUUUAAUACUGAUAUUGUUAUGCCACAAACAACGCCAAAUUCUGUGAAAGAUAGGCGAGAAAGUAAAGAAAAAAAUAGACGAGAAUUGGAGGAAGAAGAAAGAGAAAAAAUGAGAGUUUUAGUAUCAAACUUUACAGAAGAUCAAUUACAUCGUUAUGAAAUGUAUAGAAGAGCAGCAUUCCCAAAAGCUGCCAUUAAAAGAAUAAUGCAAACAAUCACAGGAUGUUCAGUAUCCCAAAAUGUAGUUAUAGCGAUGGCAGGAAUAGCUAAGGUCUACGUUGGAGAGAUUGUGGAAGAAGCUCUUGAUGUAAUGGAAGAAUGGGAAGACAGUGGACCACUUCAACCAAAGCAUCUUCGAGAAGCUGUUCGUAGACUACGACUUAGGGGUAAAAUACCUAUUGGACGUGCAAGAAAACCAUUUUUCAGAUUGUAAUCAUUUGUUAUCAUAAUUAUUUUAUUUAUAGAAAAUAUUUACAUAUAAAUCAUUUCCCAUUAAUUCAAUAACUCUAGUAACCAAAUCAACGUAAGAUUUAAAUUAGUAAUCUGAUGAAGAAUAAAAAGAGACAGACAUCUGAUGAAAAUUCUUACGUUAGGGCUGGCUACUAGGGAAGCUUUGAACUUUAUUAAAAUCAAAAUUAUGAAUAAGAAAUUAUAAUAUAUUAAAUAAUAUUUUUAUCUCUGAA